AUGGAUGACAAGUACGUCCUUCCUGAGGAGAAGGUUGGCAUCACGUCUCCUCCCCACCGUGAUCCCCAUGAGCAGGGCCAAUGGCGCGAGACUGAGGAUUUCUGGACUAGAAAUGGCCUGAACAUCAAGUCCUUCCAACGGCGUGAGGUUGGCCCCAAGAUCGUGGAGCUGGACAAAUCUAUGAAGACUCGCCAUUUGCAUAUGAUUGCUAUUGGUGGCUCUAUUGGAGCUGGUUUCUUCGUCGGUUCAGGCAGUGCUCUCAGUCGUGGAGGACCUGGAACACUACUGAUUGAUUUUCUCAUCAUGGGUGUCAUGAUUUUCAAUGUCGUAUACGCUCUCGGUGAACUCGCCGUCAUGUAUCCAAUCUCGGGUGGCUUCUACACAUACUCCACCCGAUUUAUCGAUCCCUCUUGGGGUUUUGCCAUGGGGUGGAACUACGUCUUCCAAUGGGCUAUCGUCUUGCCGCUCGAGUUGACUGUCGCUGGUUUCACGGUCGAGUAUUGGCAGGCAGGAGUGAACGUUGGUGUUUGGAUCACCAUCUUCUACCUAUUCAUCAUCAUCAUCAACGUGUUCGGAACCCUAGGAUACGCCGAAGAAGAAUUUUGGUCGUCCAUGCUCAAACUCUCUGCUACUGUCAUAUUCAUGAUUAUCGCGUUUGUCCUCGUUCUUGGCGGCGGACCUUCCUCCGGCAGAUAUGAUGAGUACUGGGGGGCGCGCCUAUGGUACGAUCCGGGGGCAUUUAACAAUGGAUUCAAGGGUUUCUGUUCGGUUUUUGUCACUGCCGCCUUUGCAUUCUCUGGAACUGAGCUUGUUGGCUUGGCCGCAGCUGAGACGAAGAAUCCUCUCAAGUCUCUGCCUGGUGCUAUUCGACAAGUUUUCUGGCGAAUUACAUUGUUUUAUGUCCUCGGCCUCUUCUUCGUUGGUCUGCUCAUCCGAUACGAUGACGACAACCUUCUUGGUGCAAACCCCUAUGUCAACGUCAAUGCGUCUCCAUUCGUGCUUGUUGGAAAGUACGCCGGCCUUAAAGGUUUCGACAGUUUUAUGAACGUGGUCAUCCUGGUCUCCGUCAUCUCCAUUGGUGUCUCUGGAGUAUAUGGUGGGUCACGUACUCUUACCGCUCUCGGCGAACAAGGAUACGCACCCAAGUUCUUUACCUACAUUGAUCGCUCUGGGCGGCCCCUAUGGUCUGUUCUCGCUAUCCUAAUCUUUGGCGCUCUCGCAUAUGUCAACUUAGACGCCGAUGGCCCGACAGUCUUUGACUGGCUUUUGGCUCUGUCAGGUCUUGCUGCUUUGUUCACUUGGGGCUCCAUAUGCCUUGCCCAUAUCCGAUUCCGCAAGGCUUGGGCAUAUCAUGGGCAUACUCUUGACGAAAUCCCCUUCAAAGCGGUUGGUAGUGUCUAUGGAUCCUGGCUUGGCCUUUUCAUCAUUUUCCUUGUGCUUUGCGCCCAGUUUUAUACCGCUCUCUCCCCCAUUGGUGAAGAUAUCGGCACCGCAGAAGGUUUCUUCAAAUCUUACCUCGCCCUCCCCGUUGUAAUAUUCUUCUGGCUUUGCGGCUAUCUUUGGAAGCGCCAGGCUUGGUUGAGAACAUCCAAUAUUGACGUUGAUUCUGGUAGGAGAGAGCUCGACUGGGACUACAUCAAUGCUCAGAGGGCGGAGAUGGCGACUUGGCCUGCUUGGAGGAGAAUCUCUGCCGUUAUAUUCUAA